AUGCCCGGAGAAAAGACGCCCGAGGAGGAGGCCGAGGUGGAGGAGGAGACAGGGGAGGCGUCGUGCUGCCGUGGCGAUGAAGCGGACAGCCCGCAGCUCGCUGCUGGGGCCGACUGGAGGAAGGUGCGACCCAGGGUCAUCUCAGAGUCGGCGUGCGCGAAGGCACAGAAAGGACCCCGGGGGCAGUAUCCUGAAUUCAGGACGUCGUUGCACUUGGUGGACUUGUAG